UGAGGGAAACUUCAUCAACACACAUCAGUUCAAUUCCAGACACAGUCGGAGUUGGUUGUGUUAUUCGCGUUGCGCUGUAUUAGAACACCUCGUCAAGUCACACCUCGGCAUCAUUGCAUUCGGCAAUCGAUAUCAAUUAUCAAUCACCGUUCACGUCGCGACAAUACCUAGGACCUUUUUUCCAUUUUCCGCGGAAACCUAUGUACAGUGGAAAGUGUCGUCUAUGUAGUGAGUGUGAGCAAGAGAGGUUAUGUACAUAAAGGCGUCGAGCAAUUGAAAAAAGCGGGUUUAUAAUAAACCAACUAUUAGCAAUGGUUGUCCUGCCGGAUGCUGUAGUACCUUCGUCGAAGGUACCACUCAAGGAUGUCAAUGAGUGCAUCACUUGCCAUAUUUGCAAGGGAUACAUCAUUGAUGCCACAACCAUCGUCGAAUGCUGCCACUCAUUUUGUCACAGCUGCAUCGUUCCUCAUCUCAGGACAAAGGAGUACUGUCCAAAGUGUGAUUUAAUCAUCAAUAAGACUAAGCCCAAUAUCAAGCCAGAUGCGACUUUUCAAGCAAUUGUGUACAAACUGGUACCAGGACUGUAUGAGAAGGAGCUACUGAGGAGACGUGCCUUCUACAGUAGUCGCCCUGAGGAGGCAAAAUUGGCGACACCAGAACAGAGGGGUGAAGACAUAGAACACCUCAUCUUCAGACCAACUGAGAAAAUCUCCCUUUCUCUGGAGUAUGCAUUUAUUGAUGAACACAAGAAUCGCUCUCCUGAGCUCGCGAAGCCAAAAUAUCUUCAGUGUCCUGCAAUAUUUCCCGUCUCACUCCUCAGCAAAUUCGUUGUGAUGAAAUUUGGAAUCGAUUCAGCACAAUUCAAUGUGGAUAUCAUGUACAAGGUCAAGACGAUUGUUCUACCAGAAUACUACACAUUGAUGGAUGUUGCUUAUAUCUACACAUGGAAGAGGGAAGCACCCAUGAGAUUCUUCUUCCGUGUGCGCACGAAAGAGACCACGAGUGAGGAGUUGCCAGAGGUGCCCCUUCGCCGGUCACCGAGCAUAAACAGUCGUCAAGCACCGGUGGCGACAGGUGAAACGACCCCGGAGGUCAAGGAGGAGCACAAGGAGGAAAACGCCAAGGCAUCCACUGAGGCAGUGGCAGAACACAAGCCCCCACCAAAGCAGGGGAAUCACACAAAGAAGGAUAUCAGUGACAAGUGCAUAAAAAUUGAGAAAAACGUGUCAAGUGUAGUGGAAAAGGAAAAAGUUGUGAAAUUGACAAAAAGUAGUGGCAAGAAGAAUUAUGAAGACUGUGUAAAGAGUGAAAAGAAGGAGAAAGAGGGAAAUGUGGUGAAAGUUAAAAAGGAGAAAGUGUCACAGGUUGAGGGUGGAAAAAAGUGCGAAAAUAUCAAACUCAAAAUUGGACUGUCGAAAGAUAAUUCCAAAAUGAUGGUUAUAAAGGAUAUAACUCCAAAUCCGGCAAAGACAUCAACUCCAACCAAAACUCCAGCACCAGCAAAAACAUCAACACCAACCAAAACUCCAACACCACCUCCACCGCCUCCUGCUCCAACCCCUAUCGCCAAAAGUGCAAGGGACAAAAUACCCCAGGUCAGUGUUAAAAUUGAAAAAUCCCCAGAGGCAGAAAGUGCUUUGGCCAGGAAGCCCAAAGUACCCACAGUGGAAAUACCCAUUCAGAAAACUGUUAAGCAAGAGCCAAAGAGUCCUACAGAAAUGAGAGAGUAUCAAGUGCCAAGUCCCCAAAGCACUCCCAUAAAGAUUGAGGCUAAGGAGAAGACAACUGAAAAUCAGUCAGAUUUAACAACUAAAAGUUCCAAAAGUCCCUCCCCUUCAAUUGAAUCAGAACUGACCAUAGAUCUCGAAGAGAUAAAAAAGUCUCAAUUCCUUAACUCAUUCGAACUUACAGCAAAGACUAAAACGGACGUCCCAAAAAGUCCUAAAAGUACAGUAACCCCUAAAUCUGAAAGUACCGCUUCAAAAAGAAAGAACAAAGAUCCUGUAAAGAGUGUAGUGAAGAAUAGACUGCCAGAACUGCCUAAUUUAGUAUCUCAAACUCCUGCCAAGGAAACCGAAAAUUCGAAAAUUACUUUUGAUCUAUCACCUUUCCCAAUAAAUUCUGAGAAGAAUGAUAAGAAGCCACCCGUGACCAAUGGAUUUGUCGUACCCAAAACCGAUCCCCCACCCAAGAAGCCGAAGAAAGACGAAACCACAGUACCACGUAGAAAGUAUACGAAUUUCGUAAAAAUUGCACCGAAGCAGAGUGCUAGUACUGCAGCAUCUCUGAUGAAUAGUGCUGCCUUCAUUGGGGGAUCGGGUACAUCGAAGUUAUCUAUGAGAUCUUCAUCAACUCCUUCUCGAAUUGCUCCACCGCGUCGUCAGUCCGUUGCCACGGACAAUCCAUCUCGUAUUCCUCAGGAUACCUUCUCGAUGUUGCAGAAAAACAGCACAGAAAUCAAGAAGAUCGACGCUGGGAAAGACGCCAAGGUCUAUGGUCCCCAAAUGGGUCCACCACCUCCACCCGGGCUGCCAAUGCCACGAACUCCAAAUCAUGUUCCAGAGUACUGGAACUAUUCCAUGCGAAAUGGCUCAGCAACGUCAAAGGGAUACGUGACAUCACCCUACCUUGGUUUGUCCUCACCCAUCUACACCCCCAACUACUCACCUAACUCACCCCAAUACGCACCCACCUACAACAUUCCCAUCUCGCAGUCACAGUUCAAGUAUACAGGACUCCCGACGAACGGCACCUCCAGUCUCCCACGAACCCUGGGAAAGACGUCAGAGAAGGAAACAACAGAAAGUUCGACGAAGAAAAACCCCACUGAGGAUGGGGAGUCAGUCAAACGCGCAAAAUCCAAAUCACCCACCACUGAUGACGGGGAACCGCCUGAGAAGCAGAGGAAGGUGCAGUCGUUGCUGAACUCUUGCAACAUCACCUUCCCCUCAUCGCUCUCAAUAACGCUCACGAACGAGCAGAAUGACACGGAGGCAAAUAAAUCAUGCAAGAGCACCAAGCUCAAAAGACCUGUCAACAACUACAUCGAAAUCCUCAAGUUGCCCAGCGACGGUGCCACCACAGUGACCCCCAUUCCAGCCACCACUGUUGCCAAUACAUCCACCGAGGACACGCGAAAUGGCAAAAUAUCACCCAAAGACACAGGUAAAUCCAAGGACCUACUCACGAAGGUGAGUGAGUUAACGACAAAGGCAGCAGAAUCUAGUAAGAAAAUCGAUAGAGAGGGUGAGAGUGACAAAAAUUCCAAGAAGCAACUGCCUAAACUCAAUCCCAUCGAUAAGGCAUCCUCUGCCUUGACCAAUACUGAAGGUGGAGCUGAGUCCUUCCAACAGACUUACCUCAUGUCUCUCCUCAAUCAAUCUGGCUACAAAGACAAAAUGCAGAACAAACUCUAUGAUCUCAAGACUAACAAAAUAAUACCACUUGAUGGUACUGUGACGUCAUCGACUUCCCCCGAAAACCGACCUAGUCCUCCUCCAGCUAAAAAAUCGAAGAGUGAACCAAGUUCAUUGGUAAAAAAUUCCCACAAAGACAAUCCGAAGCCUACAAAGUCAGCUUCAGCUCUGGAUCUCUCAUCUGUAACAUCGAGUGUUGAGAGUGAACCUAGAGAGAAGAAACCUAAAGAGUCCAAGAGGUCUCCUUUACUUGCCCCUAAAGGAGAUCUUCUUGAACCCAAUCUAAAAAAUCUCCUCCCCACACUCCCACUAAUUCCACCUGCUUCACCUGAACUCCUAAUGGCUGGACUUGCCCCAGGUUUCCCCAAUCCACUCAACUACCCAGCAUUUUGGAUGGAGCAGUACAAUCGUAUGAAAAAAGCUGGAUCUGAAGCACUAGAACUCUAUUUCCAGAAUAUCCAGAAGAAUAUGGCUAAAGCAAAGGGCAUUUCUGAACCCCAUACCCCACCUGCAUCUACCCCCACCACAAUUUCCUCAACAGUCAAAGAGGCAGAUAAAUGAGAGUGGACCCUAGAGUCAACCCAGACCUUUCUAGUUCCAAGUCAUUAGACACAAACUGUAUUUAUUCUUUUGCGAAUUUUCCCGCAAAAGAAAUUGUAAAUAAUUUUUUUUCCUUUGAAUCUGAAGUCUGUUGGAUGAAUUUCUCUACGUGAUAGGGUAAAAAGAAAAAUGGGAAGAUAGAUGGCAAGUUGCUGAACAAAUUAAAAGAUAAAAAAAAUGCCAUCCGGAGGAAUUGAAUCAAGGGGAAAGCAACUUCAAAAAAAUAUGUGUGAAUUGAAAAUAUAUAAAUGUUUUCUGUUAAACUGCGCUGUAAAUUUAUAUGGAACUUUUUACAAGUAAAUAUAUUUUCUACUGAAAUAAAAAUAUAUUCUAAUCGGA